AUGGGACUCUUCGACUUCUUCGAGAACGGCAACUCUCAGCGGGACCAGGUGUACAACAUCGACCCCGAGAACGACGAGCACAAGUCUAAGCUCUCGCACGAGCUCAUCGGCGGUGCGGCCGGCUUUGAGGCCAUGAAGGCCUACGAGCAGCACUGCGAGAGGAACGGGAAGCCCGAGAGCCACAAGAUGGCCAAGGAGCUCCUUGCUGGGUUCGCCGCGGCAGAGGUUGACAAGCUCUUCGAGACCAAGGGUCUCGACGCGUACGACCGAGAGGAGGCCAAGCGUCACGCCAAGCGCCAGGCAGAGCAGGCUCUCAACCAGUCUGGCGAGUACUAG